AUGAACAGUCUACGGGCGGCCAAAAUGUUUUUCGUCAACAGAACACCAGAUGAACGACAAAGUCUGGGCUCUAGUGGCUAUGGCGACAAAGGGGAAGGAAAUUACCCUUCAGAUAUUAGCGAGACAUCUGGAGACAGCCUCGAAGCAGGCUUCGUCAAACCAGGAAAAGUUAAGAAGCCUGGCUUAGGUAGAAGAUUCACGGAAUAUGCUCGCGGACGGAAGACCUUUUUUGUCGACUGGAGCUCCGCUCAGCCUCGAAGCGUCUGGGCUAUCAUAACAUCGGCGGUCCUAGGGACUGUCGUCAUCCUUGUCCUAACUGCUCUAUUGAUAUAUUUCAAUAUCCAUCUACGAAGACAGAUCCCCCGCAACGACAUACAAAGGAUCGUGGCUUCAUGGGGAGCGCCGGGCUCUCCGACGCAAGCAGAAGCCCAUUACCCCACGGACUUCAGCCGAGACAUCACUCCAAUCCCUUGCCAUUCACACAAUGACUACUGGCGCAAAGUGCCUCUAUAUGACGCGCUCGCGGCUGGAUGUACGGGCGUAGAGGCCGAUGUCUGGCUCACUGACGACGAUCUCCUCGUUGGUCAUUCAGCUGGCUCCUUAACAUCCGCACGCUCUUUAACAUCUCUCUACAUCAAUCCUUUAAUAUCAAUCCUGGCCCAUCAGAACCCGCCUCUCACAUUCCAAAAUACCACCACGGCUAUCCCUGAAUCCAACUCAACCCCCAGCAGCGCUUCUAUCAACGGAGUUUUCGAAACCAAUCCAGCAACUUCGCUCACCCUGCUCAUCGACGUCAAAACAAACGGCACAGCCACCCUACCAGUCGUGCUCCAGCAGCUCGAACCCCUCCGAUCCCGGGGUUAUCUAACAUACUUCAACGGCACCGCCGUCAUCCCCGGCCCCAUCACCGUCGUCGGCUCCGGCAAUACCCCUUUCGACCUGCUCACCUCCAACACCACCUACCGCGACGUCUUCUUCGACGCCCCGCUGGACCAGCUCUGGGGCGAAACCGCCCCCGCCAACGCCUCGCUCUACACCUCGGACAACUCCUACUACGCGAGCGUGGACUUCGCGGCCGCGGUCGGGAAGCCGUGGCACGGCAGUUUGGAGCCGCAGCAGGUGGAUACGAUCUUGGGACAGGCGGGCGCGGCGGCGGCGAGGGGCUUGAGGGCGCGGUAUUGGAACACGCCGGCUUGGCCGGUGGGCGUGAGGGAUCACGUUUGGGACGUGCUGGAGAAGGAGGGCGUGGGGAUGCUGAAUGUGGAUGAUUUGGAGAGUGCCAGUCGGCGGAAUUGGGGGGGUUGA